CUACUCUCUGACUGCAUCUGUCUCCAGUAUUACACCUGUAUAGAAAUUUUAUUGCUUAGAACUUAGAGUUACAAUGAUGGGACCAGAGAGGUUGUUGAAGUGGUUAUCAGAAGUGGAAAUUGUUCCACCAGCUGGUGAAACAAAUCAGCAAUUUAAUAGCCAGGCAACAAAAAACCGUAAACCACGGGUACUGUUGGGGUGUUCUGGCAGUGUAGCCUCCAUAAAAGUUCCUCUCAUCGCAGCUGCUCUACAAGAAAUUGAUGUGCAGGUGAUAGUUCUGCCAUCUGCUUCUGCCCUGCAUUUCUUGAUGGCGGCUGCCAGGCAGACAACUGUGGAACUCCCAGUGAAGAAUCAGUGUUUACCCGUAGAAACUUCAGUGUCUAAAGAAUUGGUGCUACAGAAGUUGCAAGUUGAGGUCCAGGAACCAACCCGUGAUGCUCCUAGUCCAGCCCCUAACACACAAAUAAUUAAUAUAGAACAAAAUACUAGUAGUGGGAAUGAUAGCCUACACCCACUUGGAACUAAUGCAGCUCAAGGCUGCUCUGUUUGCUCGCAAAUAUUUAAUGCAAGGCACAGCUUCGGUGACAAAAACUCUCAAUGUUUGAAAGAAGCUUGUCUUGAUGCUUCUCAAAAUGAGCGUGGAACUGUUAACACGGAAGUUUUUGAACAUAAGAAUGAUGUGGUGCCCAAUACUGUAGUUUCUGGUGAGGCGGCAGGGCGUGUGUGCGGAUGGUGUCAUGUACAGCAGCAGCACCCAACACUCACCCUGACGGGGGACGAGAUGGAGUGGCGGGCGUGGAAGGGAAGAGGAGACCCUGUAUUGCACAUCCAGCUUCGUCGUUGGGCCGAUGUGUUCGUCAUUGCUCCUCUUAGUGCCAACACACUCGCUAAGUUGGCAAACGGCUUGUGCGAUAACCUGCUGACGUCGGUUGCCCGCGCCUGGGACCCGUGCAAGCCGCUGCUCUUUUGUCCUGCCAUGAAUACCUUCAUGUACGAACAUCCCCUCACUGCCAGGCAUAUCUCCACGCUCAAGGACUUUGGUUACACGGAAGUACCAGCCAUAAGUAAACGUCUUAUGUGUGGGGAUGAAGGCAGCGGAGCUAUGGCUGAGGUGGCUGACGUCGUGGCAGCCAUCAAGCUGGCGCUCGUCAGCCAUGGCUUUACUGUGAAGGCAGCUUCUGACCUUAUUGAUGAAGGCUAGUAUGUAGAUUUUAUUAGUCUGAUCAAUUCACAGAAGAGAAAAAUAAUCCGGUUUCAUAGAGCGGCAGAUCCGAAUAAAUGUUGUAAAUUUGUAUACUUUCAGGGUAAAUUAAUAGUGUUUAUCACUAUAUACAGGUAAAAAGAUUUGAAGUUGA